AUGCUGCUGAAUAAUAAUGUGACUGAGUUCAUUCUGCUUGGGUUGACACAAGAUCCUUUUAGAAAGAAAAUAGUGUUUGCCUUUUUCUUGCUUUUCUACUUAGGGACCUUGUUGGGUAAUUUUUUGAUUAUCAUCACCAUCAAGACCAGCCGGGUACCUGAGAGUCCAAUGUACUUCUUCCUUUUCUACUUCUUAUCUGACACCUGCUUCUCUACUUCCAUAGCCCCUGGAAUGAUUGUGGAUGCCUGUCUGAAGAAUACCAUCUCUUUUAGUGAGUGCACGAUCCAAGUCUUUUCAGCCUAUUUCUUUGGCUGCCUGGAGGUCUUGAUCCUUAUCCUGAUGGCUGUUGACCUCUAUGUGGCCAUCUGUAAACCCCUGCACUACAUGAGCAUCAUGAGCCGGCGGGUCUACAGUGUGUUGGUAGCUAUAGCCUGGGUAGAGACUUGUGUACAUUCUUCAAUUCAGAUUUUUCUGACCUUGAGCUUACAUUUCUCUGGUCCCAAUGUGACUGAUCACUAUUUCUGUGACUUGCAACCCUUGUUAAAACUUGCCUGUACAGACACCUUUGUGAUCAACUUACUACUAGUAUCCAAUGGUGGGGCUGUUUGCACAGUGAGUUUUGUCAUGCUGAUGCUCUCCUAUGUUAUCAUCUUGCAUUCUCUGAGAAACCACAGUGCUGAAGGGUGGAAAAAAGCCCUUUCCACCUGCAUUUCCCAUAUCACCGUAGUCAUCUUGUUCUUUGGUCCUUGUAUGUUUAUAUAUACAUGUCCCGCAACCACCUUCCCCAUGGAUAAGAUGAUAAAAAAAACUGUGUUUUAUAUAACUGGAACACGGUUGACUAACCCUCUGAUUUAUACGCUGAGAAAUGCUGAGGUGAAAAAUGGCAUGAGGAAGCUAUGGAGCAAGAAGCUGAUCUCAGAAGACCAAAGAUGA